GGGGGACUUUCCUCCUGCCGCCGCCUCUGCCGCCGCCUGUUCCCGGCCCGUCUCUGCCGCCGCCGCCAUGAAGCUGCUGAGCGCCCUGGUGCCGCCGCUGCUGGGCCUGGCGCUGCUGGGCCUAGGCCUGGGCCUGGCGCGCGCCCAGGCGGACGCCGAGGAGGAGGAGGACGGGGUGCUGGUGCUGCGCGCGGCCUCCUUCGAGCGCGCGCUGGCGGCCCACAAGCACCUGCUGGUGGAGUUCUACGCCCCGUGGUGCGGCCACUGCAAAGCGCUGGCCCCGGAGUACGCCAAGGCCGCAGCCGCGCUGAAGGCGGCCGGCUCCGAGAUCCGGCUGGCCAAGGUGGACGCUACGGAGGAGUCCGAGCUGGCCCAGCAGUUCGGGGUGCGCGGCUACCCCACGAUCAAAUUCUUCAAAAACGGAGACAAAUCUUCCCCCCGGGAGUACACAGGAUGUGGAGUCAGAGGCUGCCAAGCAAUUCUUGCUGGCAGCCGAGUCCAUUGAUGACAUUCCUUUUGGGAUCUCUUCCAGCAGUGAUGUCUUCUCCAAAUACCAGCUCAGCAAAGACGGUGUUGUCCUUUUUAAGAAGUUUGAUGAAGGUCGCAACAACUUUGAAGGUGAUCUUACAAAAGAGAACUUGCUGAACUUCAUCAAGUCUAACCAGCUGCCUCUGGUCAUUGAGUUCACUGAACAGACUGCUCCUAAGAUCUUUGGAGGAGAGAUCAAGACUCACAUCCUGCUGUUCCUGCCAAAGAGUGUUGCUGACUAUCAAGGGAAACUAGACAACUUCAAGACAGCAGCUGGGAACUUCAAAGGAAAGAUCCUGUUCAUCUUCAUAGACAGUGACCAUAGCGACAACCAGAGGAUCCUGGAGUUCUUUGGCCUAAAGAAGGAGGAGUGCCCAGCUGUGCGCCUCAUCACUCUGGAGGAAGAAAUGACUAAAUACAAACCUGACUCAGAUGAACUGACAGCAGAGAAGAUCAAGGAGUUCUGUGACCAGUUCCUGGAGGGCAAAGUCAAGCCCCACCUAAUGAGCCAAGAUUUGCCUGAUGACUGGGACAAACAGCCUGUCAGAGUUCUGGUUGGAAAGAACUUCGAAGACAUUGCUUUUGAUGAGACCAAGAAUGUGUUUGUGGAGUUCUAUGCUCCCUGGUGUGGUCACUGCAAACAAUUGGCUCCUAUCUGGGACAAACUGGGAGAGACUUACAAGGACCAUGAGAACAUUGUCAUUGCCAAGAUGGACUCAACAGCUAACGAAGUGGAGGCAGUGAAAGUCCACAGUUUUCCCACACUCAAGUUCUUCCCCGCAGGCCCUGGCAAAAACGUCAUAGACUACAAUGGGGAGAGGACGCUAGAAGGCUUCCAGAAGUUCCUGGAAAGUGGAGGCCAGGAUGGUGCUGGGGAUGAAGAGGAUCUGGAGGACCUGGAGGCUGAUGAGGUUGAUCUUGAGGAAGGUGAAGAGGACCAGAAGAUCCACAAAGAUGAACUGUAAAGAGGAGACUCGAAUCUGCAUAUCCCAAAGAGCAGACACUACACUGGCUGCCCUGUCACAGGGCCUAGCGAGUCCAGAAACCCAUUCGGAUUUAAACUAGGAGUGUUGGCUGGAAAUGCAGGGAUUGGUUUAAAGUAACACUUCAUCCUAACUUGUCUGUACACUUGACUGUCUCCUCUUACUUUUCAGUUCUGAAAAGGGAUCUGUCGCUAGGUAGCUGCCCAGGCAUCUGGGCCUCUUAUUUUUUUUUUAUUGUGAUGUACUUUUUUGUACAUGGAUUUGUUCCAAGUGUUCUGUUCUUUUGGGUAGAAGUGGGCUGUGAAGUGGCAGGAAGAGUCUCAUUGCCUGACAUUUCAGAGCCUCACCAGUAAUGCCUCCUAGGAAAGCUUAGUUUUCUCUCUUCUAAAUCUAAAGGCCAUAACUACUCUCCACCUGGCAGUGCCCUAACCAUUGUUCUCAGCUGUUCUUCCCUGGAAUUGCCAUCCUUCAGUGUGGGGAAAACCACUACCCUGACUUCAGGGGUCCCAGGGGCGGGGGGAGUGGGCCGAUGUUUCCCCUUUAACACAUUGUGUGGCUGAAGGUCUCAUUUGCCUUUUGCUUUGAAAGAUGAAUGGAGAUGACUGUUCCAAAGAUGGGGAAGGGGGUAGAGCAUUUUGCCAGCAUUGGCUGUGGUAGGCUCUGGGGAGGGAAGCACCAACUGCUGGCUCACCUGUGUAGACAGGACCUAGUGGCAUUGCCACCAUCUCCCUGAUCAAACAAGGCUCUGUUCCUCAAUCCUUUUCUGUGCAUUUUUUUUUUGUGAAUGGGUUUCCUGGGCAGACAAGGUGGUAUGGGGGCCUGAUAGAAUGCAGCAAACAGGACACUUCUGAUUACUGGGUUGUAGGGAGGGGGACUUGGGAACAGGAGUGCUGUGAAAGUCUGAGCGAAAUCAGGCUUGUUCUAAGCAUUCCAUCACAAUGUUGGAACUGAACUUGUUGGCCAAAUAAAGUUGAGAUUUUAAUACUA